UUUUUUUAUAUAGCGGACGAAUAGAGUCUAACAAGUAUCUGCUUUCCUGAGAUAAGUCUAUAAAAGCUUUGAUUCAAAACAAAAUCUAGUCUGUUUGUGUUCUGAAGUCAAUCAUUCAAUUUUCUAGUCUUGACCGUGAAAAAAUCGUUGAAGCUUUUACGAUGAAGAUCUUUAUACUACUUGCCAUUCUGUCAGCUGUUUCAGCGCAAAACUUUUUCGGCUUUAACGUACCGAAGGUACCAUCUUUUUCCAACAGUCCUUUAUUGAAUAGAUUUUCUCAAAUACCUUUGUUAAACAAUGUUCAAGACUUUGGUGACUUUGUAGCCCAAAGUGGUAAACAAUAUGCAACUGCUGCUGAAAAGACAUUACGUGAAGGCAUCUUCCGAGCUAAUCAAGCUUUAAUUGACUCAAACAACAAGGCUUGGGAGUUGGGACAGAGCGCAUUCAAAUUGGGAGCAAAUAUAUUUGCUGAUUUGUCUCCAACUGAAUUUUUAUCCAAACUUGCUGGUUUGAAGAGGAGCAGUGCAGGAGAUGCCAAGGCUUCAGCUCACAAAGAAGCUGCUUCUGUACCUACAAACGCAAACAUCCCUGAUAGUUUUGAUUGGCGUGAUCAUGGAGCAGUUACACCAGUUAAAUUCCAAGGUCUCGAUUGUAAUUCCUGUUGGUCAUUUGCUGUUACUGGAGCUGUCGAAGGACAUUAUUUCCGCAAGACUAAAUCAUUGGUACCACUUUCUGAGCAAAAUUUAAUUGACUGCAGUCAAAACUAUGGAAAUGUUGGUUGUUCAGGUGGAUACCAAGAAUAUGGAUUCAAUUAUAUUAUCGAAAACCAAGGUAUUGCCAAGAGUGAACCAUAUCCUUACAAGAUGAUGGAUGACAAAUGCAACUAUAGACGAGAUAUUAAGGGAGCUGAUAUGCAAGCAUUUGCUGUUAUUGCACCAGGUGAUGAGAAGACAUUGAAGGAAGCUGUUGCUACUAAGGGACCAGUGGCUUGUUCCAUGUGUGUUGUGGAGACAUUUGUGCUUUACGAAAAGGGUAUCUACGAUGAUCAAAAAUGUAACGAAGGUGAUGUGAAUCACUCGGUUUUGGUUAUUGGAUAUGGUACAGAAAAUGGCAGGGACUAUUGGAUUAUCAAGAACUCGUAUUCUGAUAAGUGGGGUGAGGGUGGUUAUGGCAGAAUUCCAAGAAAUGAAAACAGUUUUUGUGGAAUUGCAUCUGAGUGCAGUUAUCCAAUUAUUAAUUAAAAAGAAUAAAACGAAAUAUUUUUAAAGUUAUAAACUUAA